AUGAUUUCGAAUCCUAUGCUUGAAUCUGAUUAGAACAAUUAACAAACACGUAGUGGACAAUCAUAAGGAACAUAUUAAAUGGUAAAAUCUAAUUAAAUUGAAAUUUCUGUCAAAAAUAAACUUAUUGAAUAAGAAACAGAAUAUCCCAAAGUGCCAUAAUCAAGAAAAACAGAAAAAUUAUUUUGCACUAAAUGUAAUCAAGUAGUUGAAUCUGAUGUUCAAUAUGAAAUGGGUAGAUGUAGUUAUAUUGUAAUGAUUAUACUGAUUGCUGGUAUCAUUACAGCUAUAUUUGCCUUUCUUCCUUGUCUACUUGAUAAUUGUAAAGAUGCCUAACAUAGAUGUUCCAAAUGUACUAAACUUAUAGGUACCAAAUAAUUUAUGUGUGGAUGA